AUGGAUCAAUUUAAAGAUAUUUAUGAAUUUCUUGGGAUGUUAUGGAGGGAAGGAUUGCUGAACGAAGAUCGUAUGAAAGAGGAAGGUUUGUUGGAUAGUAUGGAUUAUAGUAUGUCAAAACAACAAGAAUCAUGCAACGAACAAACCUUCUUCUCAAAAGAAAGUAAUACGAUGUCUCAAAUUAAGAACCACCAAACAGAGAACCAUAAAAAGCGUAACAGAAAUGACAACGAUAACCAAAACAAGAAAAAAACUAGUGCAAGACAUUUCAAAUUGAAAGAAAAUACUUUAAAGCAAGUUCUUGUUAAAAACCGAAAAGUGAUUUCUAAUAAGGCCGUGGACGAACUUCGAACAGAAGGACAUGUCAAAAAUUUAACACCCUCACCUACCUUAUUGCAUGCACAAUCAACGACAGACUUAAUCUGCACUGACAUAUUUAAUGUAAAGGUUAAAGAAUUAGAUGGAGAUCGAAAAAUCAUUUAUCACUCAAUUCUCCCCACUGUAUGUUGUUAUGUGUUGCAGCACAAGAAGUGGAUUGGUUUUAUGAAGAAAAAGCAGAUACAACUUUGUAAAGAGGAUCAAAUCGAUAACAAGGAUUUAAUUGUUGCAUUGAACCUUGAUUAUGCUGCCAAUUCAAAACUGACUACUUUGACCAUUACUGUGAUCAAUAGCAAAUGCUUCGGAACAGGUCAAUCUCGAGCUAUAUGCGUUCCACUUGCAAUUUGGUCUGGAGAUGAGAGUGAAUUCAUUCAUGUGGCAGAUCAUUUCCGAAAGGAAAUUGAGAUUAUUCGGAAGCACGGAAUAACAAUCGAAUCGAAUCAUUGCUCCAUUGAUGUGUUUUUAACGAUGGAUUUGAAAGCGUUAGGUGUGGUCUGUCCUGGAGUGAAACAAGGAUCGUGGUGCCCAUACUGCGACACAUGUAGUCCAAUAUGUUGCAAAAACCACAAACCCAGAACAGAGGAUUCAUUGGGCUGUAUUCUUGGACUACCUGCAUGCAAUAUUAUUAUUUGCGUCCUUCAUGCAAAGGAACGACUGUGUGAAAAUGUUUUGAGAAUAACAUUGAGUGGUGUUAAGGAGAAAGACAAGUUUUGGGAUGCUGUUAUUAAAAUCAAGGGACUUGAAGGCUUACAGAAAGUUGAAGACGAAGAAUGGAAUGAUGUUCGUAUGUUUCUUCAUGGAAACACAUGCAACAUUCUUCUGAACAAUGUUGGAGUGAUGUCUCCGUUUUUCGAGAAGGAACAAACACAAAUGUUGUGGGACGCAUUGAAAUGCUUGUUGAAUAAUAUUGACAAGAAUGCAUCGGAUCAAGUCAUUUCGGAAUCAUUAUCGUUGUUUUGGAAUAUUUAUGUUGCUGCUGCUCAAGGAUUCCAAGGUAAAUGUUGGUAUGCUCAUAUCUUAGCGAAACAUUUUUUAGCUCUCAAGCGAAGAGUCAGAAAUGUAAAGCAAUUUGAAACUCAAGCAUUCGAAAGCAAUCAUCUUGAAGAGAAGGAAUCAAUAGAAGGAGCAUCAAGCAAAGGUGGUGGCACUCCCUAUUCCUAUUAUGAUUAUAUUUUGUCCAAUACUAGAGACUAUCUUGAACAUUUUUCAUCAAACGGAAUCAAAGUUCGGUCAGCUCUCGGAGACAAUGUUGAUGAUAACAAGGAUUUAUUGAUGGAGACAUUUUGUAAGAAACCAAUACCUACCGGUGUUCGUUCUACCAUUAAACUUGGCCAAAAAGGAAAGCUAUUGGCUCAGGUUUUGUUCCGAAAGUUGAGAAUACUUUUUCUUUCCACUGUUCUUCCAAACACGUUCAUGCUUUGCCAGCCAAAGAGAUUCAAGGAAAAGAGAAAGCAGGAAAUUGCUUCCGAUUACACUGUGAAGGUGAACGAUGAUGAAUCUAUUCUUCAACAACUUUGUUAUCGAGAGGAAGACACAACUGUAUUUGAAAAUCAUAGCUGUUCGGACCAAUGUGUGACCGUACCUAAAGACUACCAACACUACACCAUUUCAACCUUGAAUCGGGUUGUUGUGCCUGAAGGAAGUAAUUUGAAUCAAUAUUUGGAAGACGAAACAGAGAGAACAGAAGGCAUGUUGAUACCUGUUGCAAAGGCCAAGAGAGUUGAACCUGCACAUGCUCUGGCUCGACGAAGAAAGCAAAGAAAUACACGAAGAACGAUGUGUGGGAUCGAAAAAUUGGUCGUGUGCUGUUGUUCACAGAAAAAAUAA